CCUAGGCCGGCCUAGGGAGGCCUAGGGGGCGGCUGGGCGUCCUUUGUGCCGUCUUCACCAGUUUGUUUACAAACAGAAGAGGCGCGCGCAGGACCACCUGGCUUAAGCCCUGCUCUUUGGGCGUCUCUUAACGCGUAAUUCAGCCGAGUUGCCGCACUUGUGCACUUCUCGCCUCCUCUACACAACUCCUAGCAGCCUCCACCACACAAACAUUCGUAGGCGGCGAGGUGUGGAGUGUGGAGCGAGGCGUGGUGGGCGUUUAUGAAGAUGGUGAUGGUGGUGAGCAUUGUGGAGAAGAAUUAAGCACUAUCUUAGUCAAGAGAUAUUUCAACGUAUAAAUUCAAAGAUGGAAGGGACACGACAUCCCCACCAAGCAAUGCAGCCUAUGUCACCAGUUCCAUCAUGGCAGCAGCAACAGUACCAGCAAUCUGGACAGCAGUACCAGGAGCCAAGGUUGGGGCAACCAUACCAGCAGCCAAGAUUGGGACAACAGUACCAGCAACAAAGAUUUCCACAAAACUAUCAGCAACUAGAAUUUGAACAGCAGCAUCAUUCUGGCCUAGGUCAACAGUACCAGCAACCAGGAUUAUUAUCACUCCCUCAAGAACUUGGAUUAGCUCAGUUUCAACCUAUGGGAUUUGGUCGACAGCACCAACAACCAAGAUUAGUACAGCCAAGACCGAGUGAGGAAUAUCCUCAUAUUUUUCAACAUUUACAUAAGCAGCAGCAGAGUCAGCAUAGUUAUGAUGACAAACCGCUUGAUCAUGUCAGGCAACGGGCCAGUAUUGAGGAUCAGCAGAGGUCCAUUACUCCCAACCCUGAGCAACACAAAGAGGCAGAAAUAAUGUCAUUGUGGAAAGACCUACAGCAAAGUAGUAAGAAAUCUGUGAUCAUUCCAAUGCACUCAUCUCUUGAUCUACGCCAUAAUGAAGAGACAACAUCUGUGGCUAAUUAUAGUGCAGCACUGCCCCCAUUUUCUCAGAGUUCACAUAAAGAAACAGAAUCAGUCAAGGGGCUUCUGUCUCAUGAGAGACAAGUAGAAACAGGCAUUAAUAUUCCCAUCGGUCUUCACGGUAUUCCUGCCAUUAGCCGAUCAUCAAUUGAUGAUUUAAAUCUAAGCAACAAUGUUAAUAUGGUUCCACUUGAACUUUCUGUUAGCAGAAACAUUGCUUCUCUUGCUGCUACCACAAGUGGUCUCUUGGCUAAACCAUUAAGUCUCAAGACUUCUCAUUCUCUGAAUAGUUCACAUGACUUUACACGGUGUGACUUUUCAGAUAUUGCUAAUUUGAGUAGUAGUAUAACUGACCCAUCAGAGGGACACCCUAGAAAUAGGCAUUCUCAUGACUACAGCCCAGUGGCAGGUCGCAUAAGUACUGCUUUGCGUCAUGAAGCUAGACCAUUAAUUCGUGAAAAACAUUCUGAAUUACACAGUGACUGCAACUCGCCACAUAGCCACUCAGAAACUGCUCCCUGUGAGGAUUCCAGCCUGUCAGACAGUCGACUGGUUUCUGCUGUUCCUGAUGAUUCCAACCCUUCUGACAGUCAGCUAGACUCUGCUGUUCCUGAUGAUUCCAACCUUUCUGAUGAUCAGCUAGACCAUGCUCCCCGUGAUUAUUCCAACCCCGCUCCUUGUGAUUAUUCCAACCCUGCUCCUCGUGAUUAUUCCAACCCUGCUCCUAGAGAUUAUUCCAACCCAUCAGAUGAUCAACUAGGUGUUGCUUUGCACGAUGACUCUAACCCAUCAAUUGAUCCCCUUGAUGCGAUUGUUCAUGAUGAUUCUAACCCAAUAGUUGAUCCUCUAGAUUCAGUUGUCCGGAAUGAUUCCAACCCACAAGUUCAUUCACCAGACUCUGUUAUGCAUGAUGUUGGCAGUCGACCAAUUGAACCACCAGUCACUGUUGUUCGUGAUGUUUGCAGUCCAUCAGUCGAUCCAUUAGAAUCUGUUCAUGAUGAUUCAAACCCUUCAGUUGAUCCACUUGACUCAGUUGUUCGUGAUGAUUCCAAUCCAUCAGUUGAUCAGCUAGAAUCAACUUUAUGUAGUGAUCCUGCUUAUCCAGUUGGCUCAUCGAAGGGUCAUUCAAGGUCUGUAUCAGUUGAUGAUUCCAAUCUAUCAGGUGAUACCAACUUGCCAAGUAAACAAGCAGCUGCAGUAAGUGAUGGUUGUAAUUCAUCAAAUGAUAAAUUUGAAGGAGAUUCUGCCAACAAUGUAAGCUCUUCUGUUGACCUGUCAAAGAAUCGUUCAGGGCAAGAAUUGCUGAACAACUCCUCAGCUGAACGAUUAGAAAGUGAUGUUCAGAAUUCAUGCGUUUCUGAAAGCUCACCAAAAGGUAAAGCAAGUUCUACAUUAAGGGGUGUUCCAAUCACUUCCGGUCAUCCAAAAGCUGCAAUUGUAAAUUCCAGACCUCCCAGCCAUCUAGAAGAUAAGCCAUUUGAUGGAUGCAGCCAAUCGGACUCUCGACCAAAAUCUUCAUUACAAAACGACUCGGACUCAUCAGACAGUUUGCCAAGAAAUUCUGUGCAAGAAAGUGCUGAAUCAAACUCGCUGGCUAAUUUCCCUAAAACUUCAGUGCAGGAGGGUUCUAAAUCCAGCUCUGAUGAUGUGUCAAAGACUUCAUUACAAGAGUAUUCCAAAGCCAGCCUGUUUGGUAAGCUGCAUAAAACUUCUGUUCAGAAGGCCUCAAAGUCAGAGCUGUUGGAUAAUGUACCCAGAACUUCAGAGGAAAAGGGUUCCGGUCGAUCAGAUACUCGAAUAGAUAUUGCAUCAGAUGAUUCCAGUUCAUCAGUUGAUCGUCGUAACACCAAACUAAAUGACACUCCUAAGACACCUGACAGUAGGAGUAGGGUAGAAUCUCCAAUUAAUGAUAAUUCAUCUUCACUAGACAGUGAGCCAAAACCUCCAUUAACAGAUGAUUCCAGGUCACCAGAUAAUCAAGAACCUAUACAUGAUGAUUACCAACCAUCAAAUGAUAAGUCAGAAAAGGCAUUAAGUAAAAAAACCAAAUCAUCUGAUCAAACUGGUAAUUCUAGCACUUUAAUUGGACCAGAAGAUCUACCUAAACCUGAACUUUCUUCUAAUUCUAGCUAUGUGAAAGACCAGUCAAGAAAUAAAGCAAACUCUACACUGCCCAAAAACUUGACCCCAUCACAAGAUUCAUCUGACGUAAAGUCACCAUCAUUGAAUGCUGGAAAACCUGCAGCCACAAUUAACUGUGAUCCUGAAUCUCCUGGUACAACACGCAGAUCAUUAGAAGAUAGUCCAGCACAUUCCCUUCUUGAAGUUGAAGAUACUACUGCUGCUAAAGUACCAGCAGGUGCAGAUGCAGAUGGUGGCUUUCAUUUUGUGGAGAUUGAAAGUAAUCGAGAAAAGACUAGUACAAAAGUAGUUGCCGAUCCAUUACAUGAUGACCCAUUUGACAACGUUCAGCCCAAAUCGCCUCUUCCUGCCUUAGCCCAAGAGGAAAGUAAAGAUGAGAGUAAUGUACAAAAUCUCUCAACAAAUGACGAUGAUAUCCAAGAAGUGUCUGUUGUGUCUAUUGUUAACAGUAGGGACACUUUGAAUAUUCAUGGGAGUGAUUAUCAUGUCGCCACCGAAAAUAGUAAUAUUCCAGAGGUCUCUUCAAGCCACAAUCAGGAGGCUGAAGAACUCUUGAUAGAAGAGAGUGGCCUUUCAGAUGAUGAUGAUUCUACACACUUUUUUGAGGAGAACUAUGUAUAUGGCAGUGAAGAUACAAGAGAAGCAACAUGCCAUGUGUGCGAAUCAAAUGUUGAUAUUUCUGAGUUUAAAGCACAUCUCUUCUUUGGUCAUCUGCAGUGUGCAUUUUGCAAUAGGAGAUUGGUGGGAUGUGAUAUGCUCCAAGAUUUGGAGGAUCCUAAAAAAUCUGUGUGCAAGAAAAGUUCUACAGGCAAACACAGUUUUAAGAACUGGACCCUUGAUCCCAUUGAAUUUCUGGCAUAUUACAUAAGAAAGGAAUUAGUGAUUAAAAAAUUUUGUGCAGGUCAAAGUGGUCCACCAUCAGCUUCAGAGAUAGUCGAGGAAAUUCAGUGUUAUGUGUCUAAGUUAUCCUCACUUGAUGUGUAUCAACCAUGGAAGACAGCUAUUAACAAAUGCCAUAAAUAUGUCACCGACAGAAAAUUAGGCAAGACGGGAAAUAAACCAACAACUACCAGCACCACUAUAAACAAACCAACAGUACUUCGAACACCUGCUUCAUUUGGACCAGGACGUCCUAGCAGUACCCAGCAAAUGAUUGAAUCCCCCAGUACUUCAGUAAGGAGUACUUACCAGUCACCAACUGUUCCAGUAAAUUUAUCAGCAAUGCAGGAAGAUCACUUUGCUAGGACUAGUGAAGAGGCAGAAAAAGGAAGAAAAACUGGAACCGUCCUACUGCAGUAUCUUGGGGCUGGUCUUAAAAAAUCGGGGAGAUACGAUACAGCUUCAACAAAUGCCCAGUCAUAUAAGAAACAGACGAAAACUUUAAAGAUUUGUAACUUGAAAAAUAUUGUUGUACAAGCCCCUAUUAAUGGCAACUAUUUGGUGGUACAUUUUCCCAGUCAACCAUGUCCAGAAAAUUGUCCAAAUUGUUACUGUCAAUUUGAUCCAACUGCAGUAACUGUAAACUGUGUCACCUCUGUCAUAACAAACAAGUGUGACAAUUGCGAUUUAACUAUUUUUGUUCUUCAAGACCCACCCGACGGAUCUGUACAAAAUGUUAAAUUUCGAAACAAGAGGAAAUCAUCAUACAAAUUUACUGGUCCAGAAUCGAAGAAGAACCGGAUGCAGUAGGGUUUACCACAUGCAGUAUACUGUACAGGACUACAAUUUUUGGAUCGGUAUGUGAAUGACGUUAGACGUGUAGUUAAGUCUAUAUAUAGUCUUACCACAUUUUGAAUCUAUUUCCCAAAAGAUUUUUUUUUUUUUUUUUUUUGAGAUAUAUACAAGAGUUGCAACCCGUU